AUGGCUGCAUCUCAGAAAAUAUACGACGCCAUCAUCAUUGGCGGCGGCCCAGCUGGCCUCUCCGCCGCCCUCGGUCUGUCGCGCAUCUGCCGCUCCUCCAUCCUCUUCGACUCAGGCGAAUAUCGCAACCAAGGCUCCACAGCCAUGCACACGUACCUCACGCGGGACGGCAUCAACCCCAGCGAGUUCCGCUCGACGGGGCGCAGGGAGAUUGAGAGAAAGUACUCUGCCUACGCUACCUUCGUCAACAACAAGAUAGUCAGCGUAAAGAACACGGACAUCCUGCCAGACUACAAGGGCUUUGAAGCUGUCGACAGCACCAAUACUACGUACCGGGGCCGCAAGCUUGUUCUCGCAACCGGAACCGAGGACGUUCUACCAACAGACAUUGAUGGGUAUAAAGAGAACUGGCCGAGCCACAUCCACCAAUGCCCCUUCUGCGACGGUUUCGAGCACAAAGACCACCCAAUCGGCCUCCUAGGCUUCCCUAACCCAGGCUACGCCCACUUCGCCCUCAUGUGCCGCACUCUGAACCCGGAUAUCACAGUCUACAGCAACGGGCCCGUCCCGACCGACGACGCGACCCAGCUCGCGCUCGCCAAAGUGCAAGCCACAGGCAUCAAGCUCGACACGCGCCGUAUUCGGCGUCUGGUGAACAACGGCGUCGGGCCUGACAAGGGCAUCACGUUGGAGUUUGAGAGCGGACCGUCCGCCACCCUCGGAACCCUCAUGCACAAACCCCCCACACGCAGCCGCGCCCAAUCCCUCAUCGCCCAACUCGGCCUCAACCUAACCCCACAAGGCGAAGUCGAGCUAACGAACCCCAUGAUGCUCGCCACCAAUGUGCCCGGUUGCAUCGUCGCGGGCGACACGCAUGAGAUGAUGAAGCAGGCCAUUGUUGCCGCAGGUGCCGGUGUGCGUGCUGCGGCGGUUGUUACUAUGCAACUUGCGGGUGAGGAGGGCGAGCGCGCGUUGGCGGCUGCGCGGGCGGCAAAGGAGGGGGAACAGGCGGCGAGCUUGUGA